AUGGAUUAUCUCUCAUUCAACAUAACCGAGUACCUGCUCUUCCUGGUAUACGCAUUCCUUGGCUACAAAGUUGCCAAUGUCAUUUAUCGCCUCUACUUCUCUCCACUGGCCGGCUUUCCAGGUCCACGCUUGGCAGCAGCAACCAGUCUCUAUGAGUUCUAUUUCGACGUUCUACAAGGAGGCCAGUUCAUGUUCCACCUUGAACGUUUACACGCCAAAUAUGGUCCUAUCGUCCGAAUCAACCCUCGCGAGUUACAUAUUAAAGAUCCCAGCUUUUACGAUACUCUCUACGGCGGGCCAUUAAAUAAAAGAGACAGAGACCCUCCGUUUAUUCAAACUGGAAUGCCCCUGUCAACCUUUGAAACUGCACCAAGUGGUCUUCAUCGCGAGCGGAGGAAACUGUUGAGCCCUUUCCUUUCAACGCAAGCAGUUACAGGCCUCCAGUCUGUUGUUCGGGAAAAGGUUGAUCUGAUUUGUGGCCAUAUGUCAAGAAGGGUGGGUACAGGCGAGUUUAUGGACAUGCACGCUCUAUCUGCUUCUUUCGCCGCAGAUGUGAUGUCCUCAUAUGUGUUUGGCCCCGAGAACUGCUAUGGAUACUUGAACAAUGCGGAGAUAUCCAAUGAAUGGAAGAAAAAUAUUAACAGCAUCUUUGAGGCGCUGCUUUUCCUCAGGCAUCUCCCAUACACAUUGGACCCAGCACGCGUGUUUCCCAAUUUUACCGGCUGGUUAUUUCCCACCUAUGAGUUCAUUCAUCGCAUGGAACAGAAAGUCCAUCAUGAUGUGAAAGCUGUAUAUGGAAAACCAGUCGAGAAGUCGAUCAUAUCAAGUGUUCUCGCCAACGAGAAAGUACCUGCCUACGACAAAGGACUCAAACGCCUAAAAGAUGAAAUGCACUUUCUGAUGCUUGCUGGAACUGAUGCGCCGUCCCAAGCAUUGGCAGUCACUAUGUUCCAUCUCCUUUGGAACCCAGAACCAUACAAAAAGCUCAAAGAAGAGUUAGAUGAGGCUUUCCCUGUUUUGGCCGACGCGGACUGGAAUAAGUUAAAGAGCCUGCCUUAUUUGCCGUACAAGACUGCUGUGCUGAAAGAGGGUCUAAGGAUUUCUGCCAUUGUGACAACAAGGCUUCCACGUAUUGCACCCGAUGAAGCUUUACGCUACGGAAAAUGGACCAUUCCACCCGGGACGCCUGUCGGCAUGAGCAUCCAUUCCAUUCUCCGAGAUCCUACAGUCUAUACCGAGCCGUUGAAAUUUAUCCCAGAACGUUGGAUGGGCCCCCCUGAGGAAGUUCGUGUGCUGGAUAGAUAUCUCGUUGCAUUCGCGAAGGGAAAUUCAAGUUGCAUGGGUCAAAGCAUGGCCUGGUCGUGGCUAUACGCAGUGAUAGGCACUGUGGUCCGCAAGUUCCAAUUGGAGCUCCACGAAACCGACGAAAAGAAUGUUCGUAUUGUUCGAGACUGUUUCAAUGGACAGACAGUUCCUGGGCUCAAUGUGAUAAACGUUAAGGUCGUUAAAGAGUUCAGCUAA